AUGAGCGCAUUCGAGGCAGAGGAAUAUGACAUUGCCAGCAUAAAAAACGACCUCCAGACCGUUCUCGGGGACAUCCAGUCGACUGGGUCGUUCCUGACCAGUGACCGGCUUCCCGCCGCCGUGAAUCCGGGCCUGCACAUUCCAAGUGUGGGGAACAUUGGGCUUCCCAUCGCAGAGCAAGACGCCAAGGCCAUCAUCCAGUCCUGCCAGCUGAGCCCCUAUGGAAAGGGCUCCGAAACCCUAGUGGACGAAUCGGUCCGAAAAAGCUGGCAACUCGACGCAAACCAGUGCCUUCUUCAGAACCCGCAAUGGAACGCCCAGCUAACCCUGCUCGUAACCAAGGCCGUCACCGGUCUCGGCCUCACUGCAAACCCCCAGGAGGUCAAGGCUGAGCUAUACAAAUUAUUGAUCUACGAAGAGGGCGCUUUUUUUCUGCCCCACCAAGACUCGGAAAAGGCCGAUGGCAUGUUCGCUACGCUCGCGGUGUGCCUCCCCUCCAAACACAAGGGAGGCGAUGUAAUCGCCUCUCACAAUAACUCUCGUCUGACAUUUCGAACUGCGUCCACCUCGGAAUAUGGUUUUUCAUGGACGGCUUGGUAUGCGGACGUCACCCAUGAGGUCAAGCCAGUGACAUCCGGAUACAGGGUGGUCCUAAUCUAUAACUUGAUCCAUCGCCCGUCGGCUGCGCUGCUUGAAUUCCAUGGCAGCGACGCAAAAAGGCUCACUCGUCUGCUUCUGUCUUGGACCCGUGCUGCUGAUGAAGGCGACAUCCGGUCUCCCGACGGUUGGGUUGGUGAUCUCGGUAAUGCUUGCCCGCGGGCGCUCGUUUACAUCCUCGACCACCAGUAUACCAGUGCAGAACUCAGAUUUUCCCGACUAUGGCCGCAGGGGGAGGUCAGCGAGGUAAUAAUUUUCAUCGCAUCAGACACGGUUGAAUCCAGCCUGGAGUUCUCGCAUCUGGUGGACUCGAAAGGCACCGUGGUCGGACAGAAGCUACCGUUCCCCAAGGAAUUGCUGAUUCAAAAUGGAAUUUCCAAUCGCGAUCCAGAUAAAGAAAAAUUUUCAGGGUUCACGGGCAACGAAGGCGCCUCAGCAACCCACUUUUACCGAGCGACAGGCGCGUUGAUAAUCCCAGAAAGAUUUCGCUUCAGGUUCAUCCUGCAACAAGUGAGACAUCGUCAGGCGAAUACCGAACAACUUCUAGAAAAAUGGCACCGUGCCGUACUAGAACGACCAGAUGACGCGUUGGCCAUUGUGAAGUUGGCCCAGCUCUGCAGAGUGAUCUUCCCAGUUCAUUAUUCCAAAAGACGCUUUGGCAUCUACUCGUGGUUUGCUUCCUCCACACAAAACAACCCGUAUCCGGAACUACAAGGCAAGGUGAUGGGGAUCGCUAUUGAACUGGCUGACCCAGAUCUAUUUUGCCGGGCCCUGGAGUUACUUGAAGGUAACAUUUCAGUACCUCAGACCGUCCUAAUCGCCAACAUGAGCUUAGUAGGUGGCCUUGGUACAGUACGCGCCUCUCUGGACAAAGCCUGGAGCAAAAGAGACGAUGGCGCGGUUUGUCGAAAUAUAAGUAUGGUUUCCAACGUGAUCCGGGAAUACCAUUCAAUUUGUGAGCAGCGAAAUCAACAGCCAUCGCCUGAUGUCAUGGAAUGGCAGAACUCCACUUUCAAGGAGAUACUCUCCACUCAACUUGAAAAUAGUGAAUUAGAUGGGCGUGGUCUAGCAAAAGCACUGACUGAUCACCCCACACCAGCAAUCAUGGCCUUCCUUAAGACCAAUAUGGAACGCACGACAUUUCUUGUGUCGUUCAUGGCCUCUGCCAAAGAAUUCUCAGCUACCGGAACCUCUGACGCAGUCAAGGUAGUGGAUGCGAUGCUUGAAAUGCUUUUUCCUAAAAUUGUUCAGUCUUUCAAGAUCGACAAUAUAAUCGGCUCAGGCCCUCAUCAGUCAUCUUAUGGCCGGCGGAACAAGAUUCCGCCGGUUUCCCCGAACCUCGUGAUCAGCUUAAUCCAGUUAGCCGAUGCUUUGAAACUCAACACCACGGAAAUAUUCAACAAUCUUACUGAAUAUACCCUCGACAUGGAAGAAAGCGGAAUGGAAUAUACUUUUCAUCUGUUUCUACUCCCAUUGGCGGCUGGAAUUUGCGACCAUAUCGAGGAGACACAACGUGACUCCACAGGGAGUGAACGGCGAUUCAUCAAACAUAUGCUAACCAAAUACUUGACUGAUCACGUCAGCAAUGCAACCCCGCCGCCACCCGAUUGGGAAGCGAGGACAACUAUACGAUGCUCCUGUACUGAUUGUAUCCAACUGCGAAAUUUCAUCAAAAACACGACCAUGGAGACCCAGGAUUUCGCAAUGGGAGAACACCGCAGGAUCCACUUGGACGAGCAACUGGACAAAGACUAUUUCGUCACAUCCACCAUCAAAGGCCGCGGUUCGUACUCCCUUCGUGUCGAAAAGACCCAAGCUAUGCUUGUUUCCAACUAUGUAGCAUGGAUCGCACGAGCACGCGAUGCCAAGACGCGGUUGGACGAAAUGUCUGAAAGCAGAGCUUUGAGAGACAUCCUUGGGAAUAGUUAUGAUUCCAUCUUCAGGCACCCAAAUCUUGCAGUUCCCGGUAUUCCAUCUGCGCCCCCUCAACUUCGUCAUCUUGCCGACUGGCAGACCCUAAACCGGAUUCGAAGUAUUUUGCCGAGCAAGCGCCCUUACGAGCGAUGA